GAAAUGGCUCCAUCACCCUACGACCGCGCCGGCGAAACCGUCGAGUUCCUACGGCAAAAACUGCCCGAAUCACUCGCUCAACCUCGAGUUGCAGUGGUGUGUGGAAGUGGAUUGGGAGGGUUGGCGGAGACGGUGAAUGAGGGUGUGAGAGAGACGUGGGAGUAUAAAGAUGUGCCGAAUUUUCCGAUUAGUACUGUUGCUGGACAUGCGGGCAAACUCAUCUUCGGCACCAUGGGACCGCAGUCGAAUCCUGUGCCGGUGGUCUUGCUGGUUGGACGAGCGCAUUUCUACGAAGGCCACUCAAUGGAAGCUGCUACUUUUGCUACUCGAGUCUGCAAACUCCUCGGAGUUGAGACGAUCAUCCUGACCAAUGCGGCGGGAGGGCUCAACCCGGAGUACAAUGUGGGUGAUGUCGUCUGUCUGAACGAUCAUCUGAACCUCGCGGGUUUGGUGGGUGAGCACCCACUUCGAGGACCCAACGAUGACAAGUUCGGCCCACGAUUUCCACCCCUCUCGGAUGCAUACGACAUCGUCCUCCGGCAACUCGCACACAAGGCGUGGAAGGAGAUUCGCCAGCAAGAUGCAAGCCAGAGGAGGAUGCACGAAGGUGUGUAUGCGUUCGUCUCGGGCCCGACAUACGAGACUCGAGCGGAAUGUCGCAUGCUUCGUAACCUCGGUGCGGAUGUCGUUGGCAUGUCGACAGUGCCGGAGAUUGUCGUAGCCAGACAUGCUGGUAUGAGGGUGCUGGCAUUCAGCUUGGUGACCAACUCAGCGGUGUUGGAGCCGACGGUUCGAGCUGAUGCCCCUGAGCUGCAAGGCUUGUCGCGCGAGCAGCUGGAUGAGUAUCUCAGCCGCGGUAAGGCAAAUCAUGAGGAAGUCCUCGAUGCCGGCAAGCAGGCUGCUGUCGACAUGCAGAGCUUGGUACUCCGCAUCGUAUCGGAGUUGUGAUGGUGUGGUUCCCAAAGUCAUAGAGUGGACCUUCAACCAGAACCCUUCUUCACACCGCCCUUCCGCUUAUCUUUGAGCUGGUUGUAAAAUGCCUUCUUUCCGCUGGUCUUCCCAGUCUGCACGUCACCGUACUUCUUCUUGAAACGACCCGUCUCCCGUUCCUUUUCAAGGACCUCCUCGACGAAUGUGCGCUUCCUCUUCUUGUUCUCGAGACGGCCGCUGAAGUAUUCGGUUGGUCCUUCGAUAAUGGUUCCCACCUGACUGUACUCAGGAGCCUGCAUCUUACCGCCGUCUUUCUUGUAGUGACGGUGAGG